AUGAUGGGAGUGUCCUGUUGGAUGCUGAGCCUCUAUAACAUCGCAGUCCAUAGUAUUCAGACACAGUUGGGGUGCUCUUUCAUGGGAAUUAAAGCAGAAUUGGAUCACAACUAACAGGAUUUUAUAUGGAAACUUUGUGUUCACCAUUUGUGGAAGAAACAAGCUUUGCCAGAACAGAGGAUGAAGAUGAGGCUGAAGAAAAUGAAGAGGAGGAUAAAGAUGAUGCACAAACAGAGGAAUCAGCUGACAGGAAGCAACGACCGACAGCCUUUCUUCCGUGUUUUUACAACAGAAUGGGCAAAGAGGUGUACAGCUACGCUGGCCAUGAGAUCGUUAUCGAAGAGGGUCUUGACUCAUUUGCAGGCAUGAUAUGGCCUGGGGCUUUGGCUCUCUGUCACUACCUUGAAACUCACCAUGACCAACUGAAUCUUGUGGACAAAACUGUCCUGGAGAUUGGAGCAGGAACUGGUCUUGUGUCUGUGGUAGCGACACUUCUGGGUGGUUGGGUCACAGCGACAGACCUUCCAGAGGUUCUGAGUAACACUAGAGCCAACCUGUGCAGGAACACCAGGGGCCUCUGCCGGCACGCACCCCAGGUGGCACCUCUGUCCUGGGGCUAUGAUCUGGAGAGCACCUACCCUUCGUCCGUCUACAGGUAUGACUACAUCCUUGCAGCCGAAGUGGUUUAUCAUCAUAACUUUAUGGAUGAGCUCUUGGUCACCAUGAAGCAUUUCUGCAAACCUGGAACAACACUGAUCUGGGCCAACAAGGUCCGACUUGAGUCCGAUCUAGUGUUCACGGAGAACUUUAAGAAAGCCUUCCACACAAGUCUACUGGUCGAAGAAGGAGAGAUGAAGAUCUUCAUGGCAAUGAGUAGGGAAGGAGAUGAUGAAGUAGAUCAGGGACUAGAAAUCCAAGAUCUGUUGGGAGAAGAAGAUGGAAAGACUGUGGAGGAAGAAAGCAACAAAGACAACGGUGAAGACAAACCCUCCUGUGCCUGUACAGAGGUGAGAGCUGAUAUACUGGACAAUUACAAUGAGGAGGAGUGGGAAGAAGACGAAGAGUUUGAAAAUGAUGAGGAGGAAGAGAAAAUUGUGACCUCCAAAGAUGAUGAAACAGAUGAGCAAAAUGAGACUGUUGCAAGCAAUGACAACAUUUCUGAACAGGAGUGUUCGGACCAGACAGUUGUAAGGCAGAAAUGGGUUCCAAACAUCAUUUUCAGCGUUAACAAAGACAUCUACCAUUACGUAGGGCAGGACAUCGUCAUUUAUGAAUCCAUAGAUUCAUUUGGAGCAAUGAUGUGGCCAGCUGCGUUGGCUUUGUGCUCCUUCCUUGACAACAACAGGGACACAGUGAACCUGCGAGGGAAGGGGGUGCUGGAACUGGGAUCAGGAACAGGAUUGGUAGCUAUUGUGGCCAGUCUACUGGGAGCUUCAGUCACAGCCACAGACCUUCCAGAGAUAUUAGGGAACCUUCGAGCCAACUUAAUGAGGAACACCAGGGGCCUCUGCAGACACACACCCCAAGUGGCACCUCUGUCCUGGGGCUAUGACCUGGAGAGCACCUACCCUUCAUCUGUCUACAGGUAUGACUACGUCCUGGCAGCCGACGUGGUUUACCAUCAUGACUUCCUGGAUGAGCUCUUGGUCACCAUGAAGCAUUUCUGCAAACCAGGAACAACACUGAUCUGGGCCAACAAGGUCCGACUUGAGUCCGAUCUAGUGUUCACGGAGAACUUUAAGAAAGCCUUCCACACAAGUCUACUGGUCGAAGAAGGAGAGAUGAAGAUCUUCAUGGCAAUGAGUAGGGAAGGAGAUGAAGGUGACCGGAACAGACUGAGUAGGCCUACAGGAUGCAGGCUCAAAGCCUAAGGAGGUUUAAAGGACUUAAUGUUGAA